GAUCCUCGCCGGCAGCUUCGGAAUUUGAGCUGCUUCAGCCGCUCAGCACCUCAGACUUUCGGCCGCUUGUAACCAGGGCUAAGCCGGGACUCGGUCCCUUCCUCGCCGAGAAUGCUGGCCCCCUAAUUACCUGUCCCCAAACUUUCCCUCAGCCGAAGCGUCGGCAAGGUGGUCCGACGGGCAGAAGUGCGCCCUGCUGGGGCUCUGCUCCUUCUGGCAGCUUCGCAGAACUCGUGAAGUACCGGGCUUCUGGGUGGAUCUUCACCGCCAUCAUAGGAUUGCUCACCACCUGCAGCCCUGAAAACCCACUAAAAAACACCGUGGUUGCGGGGAGGAGCGCAUCUUCAGCACCCUGGUGGAUUUGAGCUGUAGGUGGCAGGUGUUCUUUUCCCUGGCGUCUUCCUCGGAGGCUGGCAGGAUGAUGAAGAAAUGAUACUGAUAGGAAAGCAAUUCCCUUCAACCAACUCCUGUUUUCCUGAGAAAGCCCGUGGAAGAUCCAGGAGGCCUCUUGAGUACUUGUUGCCUAGAGUGUGAGCCUUGAGAUGACCAUGAGUGGCCAGCCACUAACUGGAGAAUGAAUUCAUAAAAGCUCCAUGUUUCCUGCUAGUUAAUGAGCUGUAAUGACUGCUGGGGAACUCCAUUGGGAGAACACAUUCCCGCUUAACUGCAGGAAAGUCAAAGAACAUCCGAGAAACAAAAACCUCAGUUUUGCAAACGCACAAGAUUUCCGUGUUCUCUCAUAGAGAAAACUUUUUCUCAUCUUUGUUUCUCCUGAAACACCUGGAGUGAGGAAAACCUUUGCAGUGGCCAAGCAAGAGACCCAGUAUCUGUGAUUGAAGGGGAUCAACUAAGAGCAACUCCUCACAACAUCAAGGAAGAGACUUUUCAUACUCUUAUCUUGGAAUCAGAAGUUGAAUUUGUGAACAUAAUAUGAUUUAGAAAUCAUGGGUUGUAGCAGUUCUUCAACAGGAAACAAGAAAUCUGAGAAAGUGUUAAAAGCCACCUUGGUCAUCCAGAACUGGUACCGAGGUUACAGAGCUCGGCUGAAGGCCAGACAACACUAUGCCCUUGCCAUCUUCCAGUCCAUCGAAUAUGCUGAUGAACAUGGUCAAAUGCAGUUAUCCAAUUUCUUUACCUUCAUGUUGGAAAACUGUUCACGAGCACGUAAGGAAGAUCCAGAACUUGUAAGUCGGCUUUUUGAAAGCACCUUCCAGGAUAUCAAGGAUAGACAGGAGUAUGUAGGGUUGAUAGAUGUACCAGACUCUUAUGAAGGCCCUCGCCUGGAAUUUCCUCUCACUUUUACUGACAUCAAUCACCUUCUUGAGGCCUUUAAGCAACAACAGAUACUUCAUGCUCAUUAUGUCUUAGAGGUGUUAUUUGAAACCAGGAAACUCCUGAAGCAUAUGCCGAAUUUCACUCAUGUAAAAACUUCUCCCUCCAAAGAGAUAACAGUCUGUGGUGAUUUACAUGGGAAACUGGAUGACCUUUUUUUGAUCUUCUAUAAGAAUGGUCUCCCGUCGGGGAACAACCCGUAUGUUUUUAAUGGUGAUUUUGUAGAUCGAGGCAGUAACUCCGUAGAGGUCCUCAUGAUCCUGCUUGUGAGUUUUCUUGUCUACCCCAAUGACCUGCACUUGAACAGAGGGAAUCAUGAGGAUUUUAUGAUGAAUAUGAGGUAUGGCUUCACAAGAGAAAUCUUGUUUAAAUACAAGCUGCAUGGAAAAAAAAUCUUGCAAAUCUUGGAAGAAGUCUAUACCUUGCUCCCAAUUGGUACAAUUAUUGACAAUGAAAUUCUGGUGAUACAUGGCGGGAUAUCAGAGUCCACAGAUUUGAAUUUACUCCACCGCCUAGAGAGAAGCAAAAUGAGAUCUGUGCUGAUGCCACCAGUGUCAAUAAAUAGAGGCCAUGCCACCGACUCUAAGAAAAGUAAAGGGGACAUUACUGUUACUUCAUCAGGAAAAGUCAAAUCAAAUGGUUUCCCUUCUCAACAGUUAUCAAAGCAUGAAUGGGAGCAGGUCGUUGACAUUCUGUGGAGUGACCCCAGAGGAAGAAAAGGCUGUUAUCCAAACACAAGUCGAGGAGGAGGCUGCUAUUUUGGACCAGACGUUACCUCUAAGAUUCUCAAUAAAUACCAGUUGAAGAUGCUCAUUAGGUCUCAUGAAUGUAAGCAUGAUGGGUAUGAAAUCUGCCAUGAUGGGAAGGUUAUUACCAUAUUUUCUGCUUCUAAUUAUUACGAAGAAGGCAGCAAUCGUGGAGCUUACAUCAGACUGAGUUAUGGUAUGAACCCACGAUUUUUCCAGUACCGAGUAACUAGUUCAACAUGCAUGAGCCCUCUUCACCAAAGGGUACAUGCUAUGGAAACUAGUGCCAUCAGGAUAUUAAAAGAGAGAAUAAUUUCACGAAAAACUGACCUCAUGCAUGCUUUCCAACUUCGAGACCACAGUCGAUCAGGAAAAAUUUCAAUAGCCCAAUGGGCUUUUUCUAUGGAGAGCAUUUUGGGGCUGAACUUACCAUGGAGAUCUCUGAGUUUGCGUCUGGUAAACAUAGACACAAAUGGAAAUGUUGACUACAUGUCCAGCUUCCAGGAUGUCCACAUUGAAAAACCUGUGAAAGAGGUCCAGUCUACUCUAAUUGAAACUCUGUACAGAUACCGAUCUGAUCUGCAAAUCAUAUUUAAUGUCAUUGACUCUGAUCACUCAGGCCUGAUCUCCAUGGAAGAAUUUCGGGCCAUGUGGAAACUUUUCAGGACUCACUACAGCGUUGAUAUUGAUGAUUCCCAAGUUGAUGAGCUUGCCAAUAUAAUGGACUUAAACAAAGAUGGAAGCAUUGACUUUAAUGAGUUUUUAAAGGCUUUCCAUGUAGUGCAUAAAUAUGAGAAGUUGAACACAUCAAAUGCCAAGUUUGCUAACUAUAAAUGAAAGCUUCCCUCAGGCUCCUUGUAAACAGCUGAACUCAAAUCACAAUCUUUCCAGGACCUCCGAAAUUCAUAGUCACUAAUCGAGAAUAAUAGAUCCCAAUUCCCAUCAUAAACAUUGACACAGUAUGGGUGUCGGAAGCCCUUAGCAAACUAUAAUUGGUAGACUAGGUUAAAUGUCAGCUGAUAAGAUUUGCCUCUAAUGUUGGAACUCACCCAUUGCCAUUGAGAAGCUGGGUUUGAGCCUAGUGUUGGUCUCUUGGAUGCCACCUAAUUGGGAGACCAGAGCAGUUUGGAAACAUCCUGAAAGGAACCCACAGAGCACCAGAGAGAACUAUUAAGUUCAACAACUGUGACUGAGGGAUGGGAGGAGGAAUACCAAGCUACUAAUGGAAUAAACUAUUU